AUGAGCAGCUAUGGAGAGUACACAAGCAGUAUGGGAGGGAUGGGAGUGGGCACGCGCCCUUGUUUGUUCGUUUCACAGGAGAUUUGUAAACAGGCAGCCACCUUCUCGGCCCUGCAAGACUCAGAAUGCUUUGCCCACCUGCUUCGUUUCUAUGACGGCAUCUGCAAAUGGGAGGAGGGCAGCCCCACACCGGUGCUUCAUGUGGGCUGGGCGACUUACCUGGUCCAGUCCCUGAGUCGCUUCGAAGCUCCGGUGCGUCAGAAGGUGACUAUAAUCACCAAAGAGCCAGAGCCCAUGGAAGACGACGACCAGUCCAGUGAUGACCCGCGAGAGGGCCGCAGACGGGGGCCGAGGAGGGAGUCCAAGUUUGAGGACCAGAGCUCGUCUCCACCUUCUGCUGCUCCCACGUCCCCCUCCACCCAGCCGACUGCAGCAGCAACAGCAGUAGUGCCACAGUCCAAAAAGGUGGGCGAAGGAGGCGGGCGCCGCCGCUCCACGCAGAGUCUGCGAGCCGGGGAAGCCGACGGAAAACCCAAGUCUCCCGACCCGGAAUCUGCGUCCUCCCCGCUGUCCCAGCAGCAGGCGUCCCCCUCCCCGGCCGGUCCCGUCGUCACCUUUCAGAGCGAGAAGAUGAAGGGAAUGAAGGAGCUGCUGCGUGCGGCCAAGGUGAACUCCAGCGCCAUCAAGCUGCAGCUGACGGCCCAGUCCCAGGUCCAAAUGAAGAGGCAGAAGAGCACACCCCCCGGAGAUUACUCCAUGUCCUUCAUGAAGCGGCAGCGCAAGUCGCUCUAGAGAAUGACACUGUGAAAAGCUGCUAAUGGCCUAAAACAAAGAGAUAGUUCAGGAUUUCUUUUUGUUUUUUGUUUUUUUAAAGUGUGGUUUAAAAAGGUCAAUCAGGACUACAUUCUGCAUAGCAACCCCCACAAAAACGGGUAUAAUAUACACAUAUUUUUGAUUUACAGAAUUAUCAAGUUUUUAAAAAUGCGUUCAUGUGUGAGCCAUGUCAGUACAGAGGAAUUUGUAUGUCAACCAGUGAGACUGUGCAGACAUGUCAGUGUCACUUUGAUUGAUCAGGGGCAUAUUUGAAUCACUCACAUCACAAAUUUACAAAUGAAAUGUUCUGAACCUGUCGAUGACUUUAACAUUUACGUUGACGCUAAACGUUACAAACAAAGCAUAUCAACUAUUCAGAUAUCAAUUAGAAACUGAGUUUUUGCAUCCCGUGUGCCGCCUUUGGAUUCACAGAUUUUUCACAAGAUGGUUUUUGUCCGUACCUUUCACCCUACACUUGAAGAUCCCUGAACUGUCACUUUAACUUCGCCUGUUUGUGUUAUUAUUUCCUAGUGAUGUGUUUCACACUCUAGACAGACAUUGGAUCAGGUCAGGGCUGUUAGAAAGGAAGAAAACUUUCUAUACAUUAAUUUCAAUUCUUGUCAUGUUCUUGCUUCACCCAUUGUUAGUAUGUGUUUUGAUUGGCAACCAAUUGUACACCGACUCUCUGCCCGAACUCCUCGCUGACUCAUCCGCGGAUGUUUGUAGCCAAAGUUCCGUGGGCGUGACCAGAACUCAAGCGUACAGACAGUGUAAAUAUUUUCUAACUCGUACCAUUAGGAUCCCGUCGACGACUGAAGCCUCGGAAGUGAAUAAUUUAGGAUAGUUACUGUGUAACAUUGUCCACCUCCGCUCUACUGACAGCUUCUUUUUUGCUAGCUCUGUGUUGCCUUACUUUUUUUGUUUCUUCUCUUCUAAGUAGGUGACCUUAAGUUGUGAAGGUAGCUGAACUUGGCCUAAUUUUUCAAUAAGACAGAAGACCAGGAAGACCGUGCACUGUUGAGACAGAGCCACAUUAGGUGGUCCUGCUGUAUUUAAUUUGCCUGAGGACUUUUGUUUUGUAACUUGAAGUAAUAAAGACUUGUUGAGAGU